UUGCUUGGUUGUUUUGAUGUCGGCUAGUGUUGUAGUCAUUUCUCCAAACGUAAAAGAAAACUUCCACCAAUUUAUUUUGCAGUUUGAGAUUAAGGACACUCCUCAAAUUGACAUUCACAAUGCUCUUCCCAAGCUGAUGACAUGAACUGCGUGGCGAGUAAAAGAUAGACAUUUUAGUAAUUUGGUGAAAUAAGACAGGUAGCUGUUAGCUAGCGUGUUAGAGCUUGUUACUGUGUCAACAAGUUUUGUUUGCCAUGGACUACACUGCGCUGGAACUAGAUGCUGUCAAAUUUGCCAAAACGGCUGUAACCUAUGACCAGAAUGCCAAAUAUAACGAGGCGGUAUUUUAUUAUAAGGAGGCAGCCCAGGCUCUGAUAUAUGCUGGCAUGGCAGGGUCCAAACUGGAGGGGAUCCAGGACAAGGUGAAUGAAUACUUGGAUCGGGUCCAGGCUCUUCACAACGCAGUCCAGGCACAGAAAAUUGACCCGCUCAAGUCCCGGCAGCAGGUGGAUCUGGAGCGUGCCCACUUCCUGGUUACUCAGGCUUUCGAAGAAGAUGAGAAGGGGAAUGAUGAUGAAGCUAUUGAACUGUACACUCAGGCUGUGGAGCUGUGCAUUAAGACAUCAAAUGAGACAUCAGACCCAACACUUCAGAACAAGCUGAAGCAGCUGGCACGACAAGCUUUGGACAGGGCUGAAGGUCUUAAAGAAUCCCAGUCCAAAUCAAAUUCACUUCAGACUCAGGACAGGAUUGAACCCUCUGGGACUAAGCCCAGCAGUAGUGCCAGUUCUGGGGGACCAGUCCGUCAGUUUUUCCCCCUCGGGACAGACUUCAGCCUCAGCGACCGACCGCAGCCUCAACCAGUCAGGGCAGUCCAGUCUAGUGAGCCCCACGGUCAGCGCUACACAUCGGAGGAGAUUGAGGUGCUCAGGAGUACAUCUACAAUCAACGGCAUAGCCUACGUGCCCUUCAUGAGUGUGGACCUUAAGGAGCGAUUUGCCUUUCCUGUACCUUUCUCGGACAAAAUGGGGAAACUGGCACUAUCACCAAAACAGAAAGCCAUCUUCUCCCGCUGGGUUCAACCAGAUGAGAUCUGCAAUAACCCCACAAUGAUCAUGUCUGUGUCCAGCUUCAGCAUCAAACAGACGGUGGUCUCUGACUGUUCAUUUGUGGCCUCACUAGCCAUCAGUGCAGCCUAUGAGAGGCGAUACAACAAAAAACUCAUCACCAGCAUAAUCUACCCUCAGAACAGACGGGGCGAGCCAGAGUAUAACCCCUGUGGGAAAUACAUGGUCAAACUUCACAUCAAUGGAGUUCCCAGAAAGGUGAUUAUAGAUGAUUACCUGCCUGUGGAUCGUAAUGGGGAGCUGCUGUGUUCCUACUCCAGCAACAGAAACGAGCUGUGGGUGUCCCUGAUAGAGAAGGCCUACAUGAAGGUGAUGGGUGGCUACGACUUCCCUGGCUCCAACUCGAAUAUUGAUCUGCAUGCCCUGACUGGCUGGAUCCCUGAACGCAUCGCUAUGCACUCUGACAAUCAAUCAUUCAACAAGGAUGACACCUUCCGCAUGCUCUUCCAGAGAUUUCACAGGGGUGAUGUUCUCAUCACCACGGCAACAGGGGUGAUGACGGAGGAAGAGGGGGAACGAUGGGGUUUAGUGCCAACACAUGCUUAUGCUGUUCUUGACAUCAGGGAACACAAGGGAAUGCGUUUCCUACAGCUCAAAAAUCCGUGGAGUCAUCUGCGGUGGAAGGGACGCUACAGCGAGCGAGACGAGAAGAACUGGACACCUGAACUGCUCAAAUACCUCAACUUUGACCCAAAGACGGCGCAGAAGUUUGAUAAUGGUGUUUUCUGGAUUGCAUGGGAGGAUCUCUGUCAAUACUAUGAUGUCAUCUACUUGAGCUGGAACCCUGCACUGUUCAAGGAUUCCUCUUGUAUUCACAGUAGCUGGGAUGGAAAGCAGGGACCAGUAAAGGAUGUCUACAGUCUUGCAAAUAAUCCUCAGUACAGGCUGGAGGUCCAGUGCCCACCAGGGGGAGCUGCUGUGUGGGUUCUGCUCACCAGACACAUCACAGACAAGGAUGAUUUUGCACAAAAUAAGGAGUUUAUCACCCUGGUGGUCUACAAGACAGAUGGCAAGAAGGUUUACUACCCAGCGGACCCCCCUCCUUACAUUGAUGGAAUCCGGAUCAACAGCCCUCACUAUCUGACCAAGAUGAGGCUGACCAGUGGGGGAACACACACCUUCACUCUGGUAGUUUCUCAGUACGAGAAACAAAAUACCAUCAACUACACGCUGCGGGUGUACUCUGGAUGCAAAUUCACCUUCUCCAAGAUCCCAAAUCCUUUUACUCAAACUAAAAGGAUCAACGGCCAGUGGAAGGGGGUCAGUGCUGGUGGUUGUGGAAACUAUAAGGACUCGUACAAACACAACCCGAUCUAUCAGCUUAACCUGGAGCGGUCUGGCCCGCUGCUCGUUGAGCUCCGAGGCUCCAGACAGUACAGUGUUGGGUUUGAAAUGGUGACCGUGUCGACGGUGGGCAAUCCAGGUGCAGCUGCCUUCCAGAAGAAAAGCAGUGGAGAUUACAGAUGUGGUUUCUGCUACAUGGAGGUGGACUAUGUCCCAGCAGGCAUCUACAACGUCAUCCCCACCACCUUCCUGCCCAAACAGGAAGGACCCUUUUUCUUGGACUUUGCCAGUACUUCCCCUCUGAAGGUGUCCCAGCUCCAAUGAAGACAGAGCUAGAGAGAAAGUACCGAUCAGGAAUUGGGAGGAAGGCAUAACAGGAUGUUCAUAAACUGCCAAUUUAAUAUGAUGAAGUAUGAAGGCUUCCUUAAAGUCCCAAGAGUACAGAAUGUAAGAGCUGCUUUAGAUUCCCCUCCUCCUCUCGGAAACCUUGCCAAUGUAACUAAAAUUUAAAAGCUAACCAGACACAUAACUCUUGUGAAAAAUAAAUCAUUAAAAAUAAUGAAGAGGUAUUUUAGUGUUGAAUAAAACUCUUAAGCACAGAGUAGUUAUAGGACAGAAUAAAAUACACUGACUGGAAAUUAAACAGCUAUCGCAAGACAGGCCAAGAAAUAAUUUAGCCAUGAUAAGACACACACCUUUUCCCUCACAUCGAAGGUGAUGUUGUUCUGAAAGUACAGUUGAAUCCGAUGGAUUUAGUGAAACAACUGAUCAAUUUACUGAAUCUCACGAUACAGGGUUGAAACAAGGUGCAAAAUUUGUGCCCAAGAUGCUGUAAAGCAGCAUGUUUAACACUACUUCCGCUUCGCUGCAGUUAGCACCUCGACAGGACAGACAUCCAAGUCAUUUUGCAGUGUUGAGCUUUUUAUGAAAUUUCACAUUAUUUCAAGAACAAGCCUACUGGUACCGUGUCAGAAAGUCAGGUCAGUGACAAGUCCAUGUUAAAGUCUCAGCCUUUUAAUCAUUAACUGAUUACAUUAUAAAAUGUUGCCUGCAUGUCAGUCUACACAGGAAAAACAUGACGAGACACAAUUUUGAUCAUUUAAAGCCCUCAUUAAUAUAUGAAGUAGCAGUUUGAAUCUGAUGAUCCUCACUGCUGCAGAGCUAUGUUCGUGGACAAGAUGAUAUCUGCAACAAAAAACAAAACCUUUAUCUUCACAUAGCUGAGAUCAGUUAUUUUUUUUCUCAGAAUAUUUUCAGAGUUGGGGGCUUCAUGUUAAAGUAGUCAAAGCCGUUUUAAAGUCUGUUGGAAGGAAGGAACAUGUAUUUUCCUGGAAAACCUCAGAGGCUUUUUAUUCUCAGGAGCAGUGCAGCAGCACCACAGGGAAUCCAGUAUGGCAGCAGUUGAAUGAUGUCUGCUCGUGUCGUUUGUAGAUGUGGAAGCUGAGUGAAAAAUACAUUUUGAUUUCUCUGACGGGCCUCAGGUCAGUGCUGGAGGCAGGUUUCACACACACACACAACAUACUGUAUGUGUUAAACCUGUGUGUGUGUCCAUGUGUAAAUGUUUGUCACAGGUUAAAAAAAUGUAUUGCCAAGUACUCAUAUUCUGUUUACUUUUGUUGUACUGCCCUCUUUUUUAAUCAUCUCAUGUUUUUCAACUAACUAUGGAAAUGUCCCCGAUGAGUGGAAAGUUUUUGUUGUUUUUCUGUAGAACUUUGCUGUUAGCUAACAGUUGCCCUGAAAGUACCUUCAUGCAGCUGUUGUAUGAGAUUUUGAUGAGCUGCCCUUGUAAUGGUGUCCACCCAGUAAUUAACACUCAGCUGAAAUGGCAUCAUGUGGAAGCGGUCAACUGAUAACACUCACACAUUUGAUGUGUUGACCUCUUAUCGGGUCAACACAUUAAAUGGCUUUUAAUCCAAUUAGAGCACAAAAUCAAUGUGUCAGUUGUUCAUGUUUGUCUCUUCAGUGGCAACCUGCAGCUCUUUUUUCACGUUUUUCUCCUUUUUGAAGAUGUUUAGAACAUGAAACUUUAUUCUUGGCUUAGGGAAUAUAAAUAAUAUUUAGGUUCACACGUUGCCUUUCUUUCCCUGACUUUGAACUGCAUCACUGUCUCCAUCUGUGACUCCAGCUCGCUCAGAUGUGCAGUUGACUGCUGUCAUGUGAGGGCAGCUUAAUCAUCUCUAUGACAACUAAGCAUUCACUUUUAAUGGAAAGCUCCAGAUCAAGCUUAUUAGUAGAUAUUGAGUUAAAGUCAAAUUGUUCAUUUUUCAAAUACAAAAAAGCCAAGCAGACAGUGGACACUUGUGUAAUGCUUUUUAGUCAAAGAUAUCCAUUUCAUAGCAUUUAAUUUAAUUUGCAGAUUGUUUAUUCCAGAAGUUUUUGAGGAAUUGUGGAAAGGGAAAGAAUCACAUAAUCACAUGCUCUUAGGUCACCUCUUCAUGUUAUGUGAAUUACUAUUCAAAAACCUAAAUAUAUAAUAUAGAGAAAUGCAGCUUGCAAAAAAUACAGCAAAACACAUUUCUAAAGCUUUUUGCACAAAAUCAUUACUUAUAAAUUUUCUUUUUAUCGUAUUUGCAGCCUGUAGUGUUUGUCAUAAAGCUGUCAGACUAAUGAGACUCAACACUGCUGUGCAUUGAAUGUUACUAUUAUAGAAACACACACAGUAGUGCAGUUGGAUGUUGAAGACAAAUUUGGUUUCAGUUUACAUGCAGGGUACUGUGAAAAGUUCAAAUCUACAUUAUUUUUAUGCUAAAUCACCACAAACUACCAAAAUAGUUUAAACAUCUUUUCUUUGCACCUUUGUUUUAGUUCAAAUAAUGAACCAAAAGUUUUUUGGUUGGAAUAAUCUGUUUAAAGUGAAAUAUAUAGUCAAAUGAUCCAUCACCAAGCUCGUGCUUUUUUUCUUUUAAAAACAUUUUUUUUUUCUGCCAACCAAAUGAUUUUAUAAUGUAGCAGGACAAUCUUGCAGUAACCUGUUGUAUGAAUGUUGUACUGUUUGCAGAAUUGCACUAAAUGUUGGGUAGACAUGUUCGAUGUCUGAAUACAGGAAAUUGCAUCUUCUUCUGUCUGAGUUCUGAUUUAUUUAUUCAGGUGGAUACACCAGCUUUUAGCUGGUUUGUCUUUCAAGCUGUCUUGUGAUGUUACUUUAGAAUUAUUUGUGAAUCUGGAAAGAAGGUUGCACCAUAUCUGGAUAGUCCUCAAAAAGCAGAAAGGAUUGAAUGUCACUGCUGAACUUUACAUUGUCCUUCACAGCUUACUUUACUCAUGUUAAAUUAACUGUAACAUCAUGGUCCAAACAGCCACAUCAGUCAUUUUUUACAUGAUUAUUUUAAGCUUUGGCACAAUAAAAUCUCCCUUUUUUUAAAUGUG